CUCAUAAGUAAUCUCACCGACGGACCUAUGUUUGGGCGUCGAAGUCCACGUCGUCAAGGUCUGCAGUUACUUUCGUCGGCUGCUGGUCGGUCAAGAAGAUUUGUCCACUGGAAUCCUUUUGCCCAAUCUUACAAGGACUACCUUCACGAGGUCCAGCCGCAGCACUGGCCAAGGGGACCUAAAUCCAAGAAAGAGCUUACCUUACCAACAGGAGAGUACAAUGCAGAAGUCAUAGCGCGCGAGAUGGCACAAAAAGUCAAGAUGAUGAAGGUUCCUGGCCUGAAACGACAUAAGGUCGCAAGAGCCCAGAUAGAAGGGACGCCAGAGGAGAUUCUGACGUUCGAAGCACAAGCGCUUCUUACCAAGGCUGAAGCUGAACUGCCGGAACCAUCCAAGGAAACAGAUGGCAAACUCAAACCAUUUUCGCCUUUAGAGUUCGGAACCGAGCUGGAACUGGAAGUCGUCGAGCUGUCAUCAACGGGCGAUGGCCUGGCAUAUUCGCCAGACAAAAAUCACGUCUAUGCCAUCCCCUUCUGCGUCCCAGGCGACCGGGUCCUAGCACAAACGUUCAAACAAAAACCUCACCCGACGUAUACUUCUUUAAGAUUCAUCAAACUGCUCCGACCGUCACCGAAGCGCGACGGCAUAACACCAGGCUGCAAGUACUUCGCCGAAUGCUCGGGCUGUCAAUUCCAGAUGAUCAGUUAUGAAGACCAACUCAAGCACAAAAAGACCGUCGUGGAGAAGGCAUUCAAGAACUUCUCCAACCUCGAUCCGUCUCUGAUACCACCUGUCGGCGACACGAUCGGUUCGCCACUACAAUAUGGCUACCGAACAAAACUCACUCCUCACUACGACGGGCCUCCCAGGAAAAACACCGCACACUGGGCAGGCAGACCUCCUCCGGCAGUCGGCUUCUCAGCGAAAAAUCGGCAUGUCAUCGACAUCGAGCACUGCCCCAUCGGCACACCGAUACUGAAUGAAGGCCUCACCAUCGAGCGCAAGAAAGUCCACGAGACAUACCACACCCGCAAAGCCGGGGUCACGAUUCUCCUCCGCGAAUCGACAAAGCGCGUCUUCAAAACAGGCUCGCCUUCACCACCCACGGCUACAUCUCCCGCCGCCGACGGCCAACCCACAUCAUCAGCCACCGAAAAUACGGAGGGCAAUACUUCUUCUUCGUCUACACCCAAACCAUCAACAUCCGUCCUCACGCCUUCCACUGAACCAUCCACCGUGGACAGCGACUUCGCCGCGAUCCCCGUGCCCACGCCCCUCUCUGUCAAGCACCACUUCCGCGCCCCCAACACUCCGGAGAUAAUCUACGACUACCCAACGUACCGCGACGUCAAAACCUACACCUCGAUCAACCAGGACUUCAGCACCGAGUACGUCGGCGACUUCACAUUUGUCUCACGCGCCAACAGCUUCUUCCAGAACAACAACUCCAUCCUGCCAACUUUCAUCAAAUACGUGCGCGACAACUGUCUUCCUCCUCCGCCAGCGUCGACACAACUUGUUCAACAGCCCAACGAGCCGCCCAUCAAGUACCUCCUCGACGCGUACUGCGGCAGCGGCCUGUUCGCCAUCGGCCUGUCCCCGCUCUUCAGCUCCGUUCUGGGCAUCGACAUCGACGCGUACGGCGUCGAAGCGGCCCGCGAGAACGCAAAGAUCAACAACAUCCCGAACGCGGGCUUCAUCGCCGCCGACGCCGACGUGUUGUUCGCCGACGUCCCGUUCCCGCCGGAGCAGAGUCUCGUGGUCAUCGAUCCGCCCAGGAAGGGCGCGAGCAUCGACUUUCUUGAGCAGUUGUGCGCGUUUGGCCCCAAGCGCGUCGUCUAUGUCAGUUGCAACGUGCACACUCAGGCGAGGGACGUGGGCAUGUUGGUCACUGGCUUGGGCAAGAAAUGGAGGUACCAGAUUGAGAGUGUGCGUGGCUUUGACUUCUUCCCGCAGACGCACCACGUGGAGGGCGUGUGCUUCUUGAGUAGGGUGCCAGCAUCCCCGGAUGUAGAGGAAGCUUAAGGUGAGGAACGGGCGGUGUGCAUGGCUGAACUUUCUUCCACAAUGUUUUUACUCGAGCGGUUUAUUCCUGCAUAGAGUGUGUUAAUAAAGGCUUGAGAGAGGUCUCAUUGGUGUGAUAUUCUAAGUGAAUCGGAU